AUGUCGCGCUCAAUAGCGCGCCGCAUCUACGCCGACGCCUUUGCAAAAUGGCCCAAGCAAGACCUUCGGCCCGACUACCAACUCCAAGACGUCCUCAAAGCCGCCGUCGAAGAGCGCUACAAGAACUAUAAUCCCGCCAUGGAGGCAGAGGAGACAUUGAAGGCGAGAGCUCUGCAAUUCCUUGUACAGGACAAGUUUAACAACAGGUAUAAACUCAAAGGGCCAAUGCUGGAACCAAAGAGCCAGCCGACCUAUUUCCAAGAUUUAGUACGAGAGAUUGAGGAGGCGCCGAGGAGGACGUGGCUAGAACGAUUGGGCAAACGACUAUCCGGAAUGAUUCGACUUCAAUAA